AUACGUAAAAGCACAUUUCAUUCAUAUUUUCAACCGAUCGGAAGCGCACCAGCGGCGCCAAACUGCUAGCUUCAAACGAGAGUUCAACAGCCCGCGCAAAAGUAAACAACAAUUUAACGAUCUAGUAGAGAGAUCGAAAACAAAAGAAAUAAAAAAGAAACGUGACCGAUAACCGACAACGAAAGAGACCGUCCAAAUAUAGCUGACCCGGCCAUCGUGGAAGCAAGUCAAAUCGGUCGGGUUACGGUUCGAGAAGCGGCCUAUCGACGCUUCGAGAGAGGCACACACGUCCGCAGGUGUAGCAGGUGUAGGCAGAAGGAUCGUGAACGAGAACCGGAGCCCUAGCCAGGCAACAGGACACGAGCACACAGUACAGCACAAGCACAAUACGAUACAGGGUAGCAGAGCCGAUACCUCUGACACUUGGCGGUGGAGAUUCGGGAAAAUAUACCGAACACUUGGAAUCGUCCAUAGAUUACGCUCACCUGUAGUCAUAUUCCUUGUGCAAGGGUGGUUUUCUUCUUUGCCAUUCGGAAAACUAAUAUCGGUAUUCGGUGAAUACUAAUAUCGAGGCAUCCUCGACUUAAUCUCCUGCGGAAAAACCGGAGAACAAGGACGACAUCGGGCGAUCACGUGUCGCAACAAAAACCACGAGAAUAAAAGAAGGGAAGAAAAGACCAGAGGGAGGUAUACUAGCUACUUGGUAGCGAACGUCGAGGACCUUGAUUGCAGAAUCGAAGCGGUUCGCGAGACGCGGCCUGUCGGGCAACGAAACAGCUGACCACUGCACGAGAGUUCGAGAUAUCGUGUCUGCGAGAUGUCUGGCUCCCAGAGAAGACAGAUGAUGCAGCCAUGGCCCCUGUGCCUAGUGCACGUUUCGAAGAAGAAGGAACGGAGCGUUCUGCCAAAGUACUACACGAAGGUGCCGACGGUGACGAGGUCAUCGCCGACCAGCUCUGGCAUACUAGACUGUUCGUCCAACACAACCCUAACGACGAACGCCAGCCCCUUCAACAGCCAGACCGCCCUAAUCGCGGAGAAGAGGACCUUCCCGGGGAGCAACCCUCCCAACAAUUACUAUUAUGCACAAAACUUGAGAAACAAUCACCAGAAAGCCCUGAACGGGUCCCAUAUAUACGACCCAUUGGAAAAGGACCUCGACCACGAUUACAAGCAACUCGAUCCUUUGCUAACGGGCGAUCAGCCUCCGUAUUCGUUGAUUCCUAAAUCCAACAUGAGUUCCCAGGACAGCAAGCCACUCAAGGUCCCCGCUGGCCUGGACCAACACCACCAGUUCCAGAGGGAACCCACACCGUCCUGCAUGCGCUUCGUUCCUCAGGUGCUGGCCGCCCUUUCGGUGUCCAUGGGCUCCAUGGUGGUCGGUUACUCCAGUUCCUUCACAUCCCCGGGCUUAGUGUCCAUGCGGGACAACGCCACGGCGACGUUCGAAGUCACCAAGGAAAUUGGCAUGUGGAUAGGAUCGAUCAUGCCGUUGAGCGCGCUUUUCGGAGGCAUUGCCGGAGGACCGUGCAUCGAGUACCUUGGCAGAAGGAAUACCAUCUUGGCCACUGCUUUGCCGUUCAUCGCAGCCUGGCUGUUGAUCGCGUUGGCAACAAACGUAGCAAUGGUCCUGGUUGGUCGCGCUCUAUGCGGUUUCUGCGUCGGCAUUGCUUCGUUGUCUCUACCAGUCUAUCUAGGUGAAACGAUACAGGCCGAAGUGCGAGGAACUCUAGGACUGUUACCAACCGCUUUCGGUAACACGGGUAUCCUAGUGUGCUUCGUGGCGGGCAUGUACAUGAACUGGCGAAAUCUCGCGUUGCUCGGGGCGAGUUUACCGAUACCGUUCAUGAUUCUGAUGUUCAUGAUCCCCGAGACGCCAAGGUGGUACAUCUCCAAAGGACAGACGAAAAGGGCGCGCAAGUCUCUGCAAUGGCUGCGCGGCAAGGAGACCGACAUUACCGAGGAAUUAACCGCGGUCGAGAAAUUGCACAUCGAUAGCGAGAGAAAUGUAUCGCAGGGAGCGUUCAUGGAGCUGUUCAAGAAAAGCCACCUGAAACCUCUUCUAAUCUCAUUGGGACUGAUGUUCUUCCAACAAUUAUCAGGAAUCAACGCCGUCAUAUUCUAUACCGUCCAGAUUUUCAAGGACGCCGGCAGCAGUAUCGACGAGAACCUGUCCACGAUCUUCGUGGGUAUCGUGAACUUCAUCUCGACAUUCGUCGCAGCGGCUGUGAUAGACAAGCUGGGCAGAAAGAUGUUGCUCUACAUAAGCGCGGUCUCGAUGAUCUUGACCCUGUUCACGUUCGGUACGUUCUUCUACUUGAAGAACUCCGUGAAAGCGGACGUGUCUGAUUUCGGUUGGAUACCACUGUUGAGCCUGAUCGUGUACGUGAUCGGUUUCUCGCUUGGAUUCGGCCCGAUCCCGUGGUUAAUGAUGGGCGAGAUUCUGCCAGUGAAGAUCCGUGGAUCAGCUGCCAGCGUCGCCACCGCCUUCAACUGGACGUGCACGUUCGUCGUGACGAAGACCUACGAGGACAUCGUCUCCGUGUUCGGUACACACGGUACCUUCUGGUUCUUCGGCACGAUCGUCAUGAUCGGUUUCGUCUUUGUGAUAUUCUGUGUGCCGGAAACCCGCGGCAGAUCGCUCGAGGAGAUCGAGAAGAGAUUCGCAGGUCCCGUGCGAAGAAUGAGCGCGGUGGCCAACAUGAAGCCCAUGCCCAUGGCCUGUUAAUCGUUGCUGUACAGCAACGCUCGAUAGCUAGCCAAUCAAAUCUGUUCGAUGGCGGGAUAAGUUCGCGUAUCGACGCUUCGACGUCGGUUCGCGGAGUCAAUCGAACGAUUCGUAUAGUUCCUCUACCGAUAAGGUGAAUUUCCUUUGGAACUCGAUCGAGUCUAAGCACCUCCUCGACUUAAUUUCUCUUCCUUAUGCUUCUCUUCGCCUAUGCUAAGGUAAACGAAAAAAUCGACUUCGAAGCGAAUUAUAAUGAGGAACACCUGUUCCAAGAAUUUUCGUUGAGGCUAGGGGAAGGAGGAAGAGGAGGAGGAGGAGGAGGAGGAGUGCAAUGUCGAACGUGUUUCGAUAGUUUGACUUUCUGUACUUAUGAGAAGCGCUUACGGAUAGAUGAAUGUUUAGAGAGAAAGGAACGAGCGACGCGAUGCAUGAUCAACGAUGGGAACUCUUGUUGAUGCGCGACGUCCAAGUUGCAUAUUUUUGUUAUUCGAUAGUUUUUACAGGGUCUACCUCAAGUUUAGUACUUUCACGAAAGGUAUACGUGUAGGUUUAACGACAAGUGCGAAUUAUUUAAUUAGUAUACGCGUAGUAAACGAGCAAGGCGCGACCUGGUGUUGACGAAAUGAUCGUAUGCAGUAGGACUGCAGAAAACUCGGAUGUUUCGAGCUGCUCGCGAGCCGAGUCGAGCUGAGACCCAGUUUUCGAUCCGAGUCGAGUACUCGGAAGAAACGAGCAGCUCGAAAGAAACGAGUAGCUCGGACAGAAGCGAGUUGCUCGAAAGAACCGAGUAAUGGUCGAUGCAGACUAUACGACACGGGCCGUCACGUUUCGGGAACGUGAAUCCCGUCUCCUCCGAGGCGCUCGCUUCUGUCCGAGCUACUCGGUUUCUUCGAGCUGCUCGUUUCUUCCGAGUACUCGAACAGCUCUAGUAUGCAGUAGACACCCGUGUAUCGAAACAUAAUUUUCAAUCCGAAAAUGAUUCCAGUCGCAGCAAUAUUUUUAGCGCGUUAUACGGGAGUUUACUGUACUUAGAUAUCCGUGGAGGUACGAGGUGUGUCUAAAAAGGGAAAAAAAAAAAAAAAAAGAUGAACAGUGUUGUUUAGUCCUUGUUACUUUUUCGAGACACUUCGUACAAGUAUAAAUAUCCCGAAUGAGAAAGGACAGCGCCGCCUUCAGAAAGAACGACCGAGUUCGUUCGAAUCGCGACAAUAAAUUUUCAACGCGACGUGCCACCACCUCUUAUCCUUGUGUAUCUCCGUCGAUACCGGCCGUCGAGUUUGUAUAUACUUACGACAUUACCGAUACGCGUCAAUUGCAUCGUCAACGAACGAAUUAAAUCGUAAGAUAUAGUUAAGAAACAGAGACCAAAAUAUAUCACGCGUUUAUUUUUCCAAUGACGUUAUAACUGGGAGAACAAACGAACUAGCUUGACUACCAGUGGCGCUCGAGUAAUGUUUAUGUUAAACGGACCUAGGUGUUAUCAAAACAUUUUAGAUGCGAGCAUUCGCCACAAAGGUGACUUCCCACUGGGAAUCAACAGCAACAAAAAAAAAAAAAAAAGUAAAGCGCACGGUCCGUACCGAGGCACCACGACGCUUCGUUUACGCCAAUUCUGAACACGGAUCGCAUGAUGGCAAAAUCCCGAUUCGAAAGAAUCGUUACCUGUGUUUGCGACGCGUCUAGUUUCCGUUCCGAUCGAAUCGGAUCGCAUUGAAUCUCGAUAGCACGCGCGACACCUCUUCACUCAUUUUUUUCGUUUUCUUUUUAUUUCGUACGAACGAAACGACACGGAGUCGAUUCACUGGCUAGUUUCCCACAAAGGUAUCUUCGAAAAGGAUCUUUGAAACAGCGUACGAGCUCUUAUGAAUCUCUUUUCUACAGUGGAACAAGAUGGCGUCACAAAACAUUCCUAUCGUGCGAUUUAACGUACGGUGCUUCUUCGACUAAACGACGUACCGAGCAAUAAGUUUUCGUCGAAAAUGUGUUUCGUACGUCAACUCGAACUCUCGUUCGACUCUAUAUUUUCACCUUUAUAUCACAACAUGUAUUUAUCCGACAGACUAUUUGUACCGCGUGCCUCGUGGACGUAACGGUGCUUGCCAAAAUCAAAAUUCGAUGGAAAUAUGUUUUGAAAACGUAAUACUCGCGUUAAGUUUGUAUGUAAUUUAUAAGUUAUUAAAAUCUAACGUUUAACACGA